GUAAAACCUAGCCGUUUCUUUGUUCUCACUCUCGUCUCCUCCCUCUCUCUGCCAUCGCACGCUCUCGGUCUCUUUCACUUUCUUUCUCGUCUUCGGCCUCUCAUUGCAGCCGCCGUCGCCGGCUCCCGCGUCUCCCAGUCUCCCUCAUCUCCUCAUCUUUCGAUGCACCGCCGCCCUCGCUAACUCGCCCGGCCUUCCCCGUCGCCGGCUUGCCCAACCCCCUCGUCUCUCAGUCUCCCUCGCCGCCGACUCGCCCUGCCUCCUCCGUCCUGCGUUCGCAGCAGUAGCCUCUGUCCAACAGUUGUUGGAGUUUAAUUAAAUUGGAAUGGGGAAGAAGAGAAAGCACAGCGAAACCAAUGCGGCGGAGAAUGAGAAGAAGGAAGAAAUCGCGCCGGAACGGCCGAAAAGAACGCUUUUCGGAUUUAAAACCAGUCCUCAAGAUAUAAAGGAGAAUGAUACUACCCCUUUCUUCCGGAAUAAAGAGAAAGUUUUGGUUACUUGUUCUCGCCGCAUUAGUUACAGGUAUCGGCAUUUGAUGUUGAACUUAGUUGAUUUAUUGCCUCAUUGUAAGAAAGAUAACAAGGUUGAGUCCAAGGGGAGCAAAGGCACCGAUCUGAACGAGCUUGUCGAGCUCAGGAGCUGCUCGUCUUGCUUGUUUUUUGAGUGCAGGAAAGGCAAAGACCUCUACUUAUGGAUGUCUAAGUGCCCCAAUGGUCCCUCUGUCAAGUUUUUGGUUAAUGCAGUGCACACAAUGGAGGAACUGAAACUUACUGGAAAUCAUCUCAAGGGGUCACGUCCCAUCCUGACUUUUUCGUCCAACUUCGACAAAAAACCUCAUUUCCAGCUUUUAAAGGAGAUGAUUACUCAGAUAUUUGCCACACCAAAGGAUCACAGGAAAUCUAAACCAUACCAUGACCAUGUAUUUGUUUUCUCAAUUGCUGAUGACCACAUAUGGUUCCGGAAUUACCAGAUAUCAUCUGGCCAUACUGGUACUGCACAAAAGUUAGACCGUGGAGACUUGGAAAAGAUGACGUUGGUUGAGGUUGGUCCAAGGUUCUGCCUAAACCCAAUUAAGAUAUUUAGUGGCAGCUUUGGCGGCCCAACAUUGUAUGAGAAUCCUUUCUAUGUUUCACCCAACACGAUUCGCUCUAUGGAGAAAAGGCAGAAGGCUGGGAAAUAUGCAAAGAAGGUUAAAGCCAAAACUAGGAAGAGGAUGCAUGAGCUGGAAAAUCCCCUCGAAGUCGAUGAGUUUGCUGAUAUGUGGAAGAAGUAACAAAGCUAAUAACGUCAACUUGUCUUUUUAUUUGCCUUGCUAUAGUGAAAAUUUAGUUACCACCACACAACAGGAAGAGAUGAGUGAAAUGUUGUUUGAUUGUUUAGUUGCAUUUGGUACCAUUGAUCAUCGAAUCAUCGACAUGUUCAAAUAUGUAUCCUAUCUUGAUUUCAUUUGGUUCAAUAGAAACUGUAUUUUUGCUUGUGGCU